AUGCCCUCCAAGCAGAAAGCAAGCGACCCCGUCACCCACCUGAUCGGCGGAGCAGUCUCGGGUCUCUGUGCAUGCAUCUUUGUCCAGCCCCUCGACCUGAUCAAGACCCGUCUCCAACAGCAGCAGCAAGCCCACCUCGCUUUCAUUAAGCAGGGCGGCCAGGCUGGUCUCUCCAUUGCUCCCUUGGAAAGCACGAUCUGGAAGACGGUGUUUGGGAUCGUCAAGGAAGGAUCAGUUCUCAGUCUCUGGCGCGGAACUGCGCCCACCAUCGUCAGAAAUGUUCCGGGAGCCGCCAUGUAUUUCACAGUCUUGAACGAGGCAAGAACACUCCUUGCCCGGCGCAAGAUCAACAACGGUGCUGAUCUAUCAGAAACAAACAACGCUUCAGGCAGCGCAUUGCCUAAACUCAGCAACACCGAGAACUUGGUUGCCGGAGGUGCAUCCCGAGCUGCUAUCGGAUUCGUCAUGAUGCCUGCCACCGUCAUUAAAGUGCGAUACGAGAGUAACCUUUACAACUACAAGAGCAUGUCAGGAGCAUUCACAUCGAUCUUCAGAACCGAAGGCAUCCGAGGUCUGUGGGCAGGAUUUGGAGCGACUGCCAUGAGAGACGCUCCAUUGGCAGGCCUCUAUGUCCUCUUCUACGAACAGGCCAAAACCUAUCUUGGAAAUUUGCGGACAACGUCGCCAUACUUUGACGUGAGCACUCCUACGAUCCAUAUGGUGGCAGGUGUCACUGCCGGAUUCUUCUCGACAACAUUGACUCAUCCCUUUGAUAUGCUCAAGACAAGGAUGCAGCUCAAGCCUGCCGAGUACAGGAACGUCCUCCAAGCCGCACGCAAAGUGCUCCUGGUACGGCCAUUGAUUUUGAACCUGGAGAAAAUGUAG